AUGGCCGGGGAUGUUCCCGGCCUGGAAGGAACCCCGGGGCGACUCGCGGCGCUGCAGCAGCUCCCGCCGGGGGGCGACUCGGCGUUCUCUCCUGCGGCGCCUAUCAUCUCCAGCCGCCUUCUCGCCGUAAGGGAUCGAAUUAGAAAGAGGAGGGAUGAUGAUGAUGAUGACAUGAUGUUGUUUAUUCUCCCUGCAUUGCACCUGUUGGAUUCUAGUGGGGAAAGAGAAAGGAGUGAGGGAAGAGAAAGGAAGCAGCGGCAUACAUCAAAACUAUCAGGCGCUGAAAAUGAGGUUGGUGCAAUAAUUCCAAAUCUGCGAAGUGAAGGGGAAGAAGGUGAUGCAAGUGUGCAGCCAACUGAAGAGGAAGAAGCUGCAAGUUUUGAAGCUACAAGUGUACCAAGAAGUGUUGAUGUUGCAUCAAGAAACAGAGAUGAAAAGGAACCAAAAAGACAGAGAAAGAGUGGUAACAUAGAAGGACUGCUGGAGAGAUAUCUUGACAUGAGGAUUAAACAAGCUGAGGAUGAGGCUGCACAAUUAGCAAAAGAAAAGGAGAUUUCUCAAGGUAGUGAUUUCUCAAUCAAGAUAUGCAUAUCUGUUCUCAACACAUUGGAAGUGACACAGGUGGAGAAGGCCAAAGCAUAUGAGGUCUUCAAGAAUCCAGACAACAGGCAAAAAAAUUUUGAGUGCUUGCGAUGA